AUGUCAGGCCCCAGGAUUGCCUGCAUAUGCGUGAUUGGAAAGGCUGACAAUCCUCUCCAUAUCUCAAUGUUCCCACCGUACCAAGACUCCAUUGUAAAUUUCUCUUUCUACUUGAACGCAUGCCUUGAUAUUUUUGAGAUACGGCAGAAAAAGACUUCAGUCGGCCAGGAUCUGGGCCUGUUGCAUGCGAUCGAUGAGCGACUAGCCGCGUAUGGCUGGUUGACAACCACUGGGGUGAAGUUCUUGAUCGUGGUGGAUACAAUAGGGCAACCAACACAUGUUGGGGCCGAAAGUUUAGGCAUCGGUGCGAUGGCGACAUUGAGGGAAUCGGACUUGAAGCCGGCACGUUUCUACCAUUUUAGCUUGCAACGCAGUCGAGGCCUGCAAGGUUCAAGGAAGCACUAA